CUUACAUCCUAGCACACACACAGACACACGCACGGACGGACGCACGGACGGACGGACGGACACACACCCGCACAUAACAAGCACACACGCACUGGCAGCCCGCACCCUGGCUCCCGCUCCGCCGCUCCGCACCCGGGGGGAAGAUGAGCUCGGGGGACGUGGUUUGCACUGGAUGGCUCAUCAAAUCACCCCCCGAGAAGAAACUCAAGAGAUACGCCUGGCGGAAGCGCUGGUUCGUGCUGCGCAGGGGCCGCAUGAGCGGGAACCCCGACGUGCUGGAGUACUACAGGAACAACCACUCCAAAAAGCCCAUCCGCAUCAUAGACCUCAAUGAGUGUGAAGUGCUGAAGCACUCGGGGCCCAACUUCAUCAAGAAGGAAUUCCAGAACAACUUCGUCUUCAUCGUGAGGACCACCUACCGCACCUUCUACCUGGUAGCCAAGACUGAGGAGGAGAUGCAGAUCUGGGUGCGCAAUAUCAGCCAGAUCUGUAACUUUGGACAUCUGGAAGAUGGCACAGGUUCUGUGGAGAGCCUGUCUCACACGACCUCGUCCCCACAGCCCUCGCCGGCCGCCUCCACCCACGCCUCCCGCAUCGCCGACCCCUCCUUCUCAGUCGAGCACGCUGCUGCUGAUGCUGCCGCCGAGGAGACCCCCAGCGAGUCUGGGUCAGUCUUCCUCCCUGACUACCUCUUCCUCUCCAACUGCGAGUCGGGCAAGCUCAGCCACAACAGGUGUGACAGCUGGUCAAAUUCAGACAGAUCUCUGGAGCAAACAUCAUCAGACGAUGUUUUUGUUGACUCCUUGCAAUCCCAGCCCUCCUUGUACCUUGUACAGCCAACCAGCGCUGGCGCUGUGCACCAGGUCGGAGCCCCAGUGGCAAAUCCCAGCAUGGUAUCCAGGAACACAGACAUUAGUGGGCCAUCCAGUGACUUUUCCUCCUCUUCCCCACUGCUGGGGACGCCGCUGACACCGACGUUUCAGAUUGACAAGGGCCAGAAGGCGCUGCCCUACGGGGUGACGCAGCUGGACGUGCUGUCCAACACGCCGCCGCCGCGGCCGCCCAAGCCAACGCACUUCUCAGACAGGAGGGGAGAGGAGCUGGGCGCCCUGCAGAACGGGCACGCGGGCGUCUGCCGGGCUCAGGUCGCUCUGGUGCCCAGAAGGAUCUCCUUGUCCAGCUUGGACAACAUGAGGAACUGGAAAGCAGACAUGGAAGGCAGUUCCCUAAGAAGUCGAGAUAAGAGGCUUAGCUUGAAUUUGCCGUGCCGCUUCUCCCCGCUGUACUCUCCGGACAGCGCAGAGGACAGCUACGUGCCCAUGCGCCCCAGCACCUCGCCCUCCGCGCCCGCCGCCGACUGCUCCCCCGACGGCUACAUCCCCAUGAGCCCCAGCUCCGCCACCUUCACCUUCCCCGUCGUCAGCACUGAAAAACUCACCAGCCCCUUGCCUGAGCUUCCCUCCGACGUGGAGCCCCCUCCGGUGAACCGGGACCUCAAGCCUCGUAGGAAGUCACGACCACCUCCUCUGGACUUGAGGAACCUCUCCACAAUCCGGGAGCAUGCUGCCGUGACCAGGAUGUGGACUGUGCCUUACAAUCGAAUGAGCUUUAUCUCACCAGAAAGAGACAGUAUUAAUUCAGCAAGAAUAUUUGCCAAUUCAGUUUCCGGAGAAGAGGAAGAAAGUUACAUUCAUAUGGAACACAGACAGGCCACCUCUCCAUACAGUGGUGCUUUUCCAUGGACCAGGAAAUCUAACCUUGAUUACUUAGCACUGGAUUUUAACUCUGCUUCCCCAUCCCCUGUGCAGAAGAAACCUUUUCUGUCUGAGGAACAGAGAGUGGACUAUGUCCAGGUUGAUGAACAGAAGACUCAAGCUUUACAGAACACUAAGCAGGAAUGGACAGAUGAAAGACAAUCAAAAGUAUAAAGGAAGAAGAUUUGGGAUCUGGAGGGGUUUAUUUUUGCACUGGAACCACAAUGUUAAUGAAGCAGCUAUCACAGUAGAGCUCAAAGGCAGAGAGAGUUCUAAGAUGCUUACAGUCUGUGGAGGCAUUUUUACUGGAAUCCUUUGAUUUCAGCUGGAAGAAGUAUGUUGAGUGAGUGAGUGGUUCACUGAUGACUAAAGUAAUGCAUUAGCCUUUUUACUGCCCUUACCAGUAUGCUCCAUGGUACCAUUUUCUGGCAUGAUUCUGCAACGAGUCAUACACUUAACGUUAACAAAUCCACUACAAGUUGUAUUAAUCUAGUUCAUCCUGCCUUCUCCUUCUGUUGCAUAAUUCCUAGUUGCUAAAGCUAUUUUUUGAUAUUCCUACAAAUGCUGCAGGUGCUCGGAGUGCUUUUAUGGCCACAGGCAUCUGACAGGUUUUGGUGACUAAUCAACUAAGGGCUAAAAUACUGAAACAAUAAUAAGAACUUUUUGAAUAUAUAGUGCUUAAGUAAAGAGAAUUUUGAAAAAUAUUUUCCCCCUGGGUUUAAAAGGUCUGGCUGUGAUGCUGUCAGA